AGUUUGCGUAAGAUCGUGCUGUUUAGUGGAUGUGCAUUUAUUUCGUUUGCGCUUUACACAAAUUUUUACGCCUGGCUCUCGUAAUUUACGUUCCGUGCCGACACAAUUCAAUUCUUGAUCAAACAUUUUUCCACUAUAUCUUGUGUUGUUUCGGUGUUUAUUGAAAAUUUGUGUUUUUUUCUGAAUCAUUGACGAGAACUCAAAGCAAUUUCUUGUUUAAAUUACCAACAUAAUUUUUCAUGUGUUUUUUUUUCAACUGAAAUUUUUUUUUUAUUGGUUUCAUUAUUCAGUUUUUGAUCAGUGAACAUACAAUCGAAAUAUUCUGAAAUAAACUGAGAGAGAAAAAAACGGUAAAGAGUAAAUAAAAGAAGUUAAAUAGAAACAAAAAAAAAGAAGAACAUAUAGACACCGAAAUCUUGUGAACUCAACACACACAACUGUUUGACUUGAUUCGAGUUUGUUAUCAACUUAAUUGAAUUCUGUGAAAAUUAAAGAGAAGAAAAGAAAAUAGAAAAAAAAUCUCAUCGAGACGUCCGUUUAACAAACAACAAAGUUUCAUAUUUGAAAUAACAAUCAAAACCAAAUUUACGGUCGAAAACUGUGUGAAUUUGAACUAAAGUGUGCUGUAUCUGUUGAACCAAGAGUGAUCGAAAUUUUUGUUCUGCCGCAUCGACAACCAGUGCUGAAAAUUUAAUAUAGAAAACUUUGUCAAAAUUCAUUUAAAAUCCGAUACAAUAGCAGUUUUGAUAAAAGGCAGAGCGAAUAGCCAUUCUGUUUGGCCAAGGCAAUUUUUUUUCUGGCCUGUGUUUCGUGUAUAUUGAAAGUUCUUGUGUUCUAUUUUCGAAGUGAAUCAAAUUAAAUUUAUUAGACAGGAUUAUUUUGUAAGACGUGAAUGUGUUUGAUUGGUGCGCUACCGAAUCCAUUGUAUUAAAAUUCCCAAUCGCCUUCGGUGCCCCUCGAAUCACCAAAAUCGAAACAAUACACACAGUGGAGAAGUUAAUUGAGUGAAAAUUUGUUGUGAGAAGACACACAUUUAGAUGCAGAGAUUUCAAUCUCGCUGAUCGAUUCGAAACGCAUACAUAUUUGUGGAAUAAUUAAAAGCACAAUUUUAAUACUGACAGAGAAAAAAAAACCGAACCAACAAAAUCAGAACAAAGAAAUAAACUCAGAUUAUUAAUUGACCUGCCGGAUUAAAUUGGAUUAUAAAUUCUGUUUCGUUUCGUUGAAGGAGCUUACAAAAAGGAGAAAGAGAAAAAAAAAAUUAUACAACAUAAUAGUCAAAUUUUAUGGAUUGCUGCUGACUUUGCAAAGAUCCAAGAAUAACACGAUACUCGAAUUUGGAUCGAUCGCGAUAUAGACAGAGCACCGAGUGUUUGUGUUGUCCGUAUUUUGCCGAUGAUAAAUUGGGGAUAUGGAAACAUAUGUGCGAUGAUACGUUGGUAAUGCGGCACUGGCUACCACAACCAAUUACGAAUACGACUACGUCGAAAGCGAAGAAGACAACGAAUGGAGCUCCAAUGAUAUAAGUUAUCGCAUUGUUUGAAAGCGUUGCACCUUGCUUUAUUUGCUGCUGACAUUGUUUUUUGUUCCCGCCGUCAAUUGCCACAGGAAAACAUUUUAAAAUAAUAAAUAAGGCGCAUCGUUGAAUCAAGAGAAGCACAUCUCAGCGAGUAAGCGAAGACAAAUAGAGGCAACAAGCUGAAAUAACAAGUGAUCAUCGCACCGAAAAUCUCGAACUUAACAAAAUUGAACAGUUUUAUUUUUCAUCAAAGCAUCAAUACACUUGCAGUUACGUUACGUACAUACACUCACUUUUUGUGUGUGAAAUUAUUUCAGCCGCAUCGCAUCGCAUUGCAAAAGACCCUUUGUUUUAGUUCAGCUAUCAAAUUAAAUAUUGGCCCUGGUUCAAUAGAGCAACGCAGAGAAGAAAGAAGUGAAAAAAAGUAAACGGUAGCCAAAACACGAAAACAAACAAACAUACAUUGUGCGUAACGAAACGAACACGGUCGCGCUAUAACGUGCACAGCCACAAAAAAGGAAGACGAGAAAAAUUUGCAUUCGAACGCGGGAAAGGGAAAGAGGAACGUAGACCAUCCCAUUGGCCAGCUCAAUAGUGAAACCGUUUGUUCAAAUGAGCAGUCUAAGCCAAAAACGGCGAUAAAAAUUAAUUGGCCGUGAACGAUGCAAAUUAUGUUAACACACCACCGCCACAGCCAUUGUUAUUAUUAUUAUAGCUAUUAUUGUUUGAAUAGAGCGAUUGCAAUUGCCGAGCGCCUAACGUCAUAGAAAUGUGCAAGCCCACACAGUUUGUUAUUAUGUCUUUAGUGUUGUUUAUGACAGUGCUGCUCAUCGGCGCUGUGUCCAAUGAGUCAGUGAAUAAAUCAGUAUCGCCAUCGGUACCGACAUCCGCUCAAGUGAUGCCGGCCGUGGCAGUAGCAGUACCAGCCGCCCCGGUUGCGGUGCCAGCGGCACCUGUGCCACCAGUACACGGGAUCAUUGCCGAUCAUAUGGAUUUGCCGACGAAAUUUGGCGAUGAAGAUGAUGUGAUUGAAGGAAAAGCAGCGGCCGAAAAGAAAGCAUCGGAAAAUGCUGGCAUCGGCUCAUCGGCCAGCCGAAAUGAUGACGACGACGAGCACUACGAUGAGGAUGAUGAUGAUUUUUUGAGCGGUCACAGUGCAGACAAAAACAGUGGCGGCUCACACCAUCGUGACACCGAUGAAUCAGAAGCUGAUUACGAUGAUGAAAGUGAUUUGGGGCCAACGUUGGAUAAUUUCGGCACUAAAUUGGAUGGCAGCGAUACAGGCAACGAAUUACCGAUAUUUUUGAUGGAACCACAAAGUGCUUAUGCCGUUCGAAAUCGACCCGCUAUUCUAAAAUGCAAAGCAGCCCAUGCAUUACAGCUAACAUUCAAGUGUAGCGGCAGUUCACAUCCUCCACCAUCGACCCUCGAUUCGCAUGUGGAUCCACACACUGGCGUUCAGCUCCAGGAAGUAACGGCGACCAUAUCGAAAGAUUUGGUGUACGAAUAUUUUGGCAAGUCACCAUUUAAAUGUGAUUGUCAUGCGUGGUCACCGCGUGGAAAGGCAAAAAGCCAAUCGGCGACCAUUGAAGUUGCAUUUUUGAAGAAGCAGUUCAAAAUUUCCCCGCAAUCGAUUCGCGUUGAGGCUAAUGGACGAGCUGAAAUAACGUGUAGCCCGCCAUUAGGUGUGCCAAUACCGAAGAUUCAAUGGCUGAAAAAUGGAUCGCCGCUGAUACAGGAUGCAUCGGUGUUGGUGACCGGCGAGGGAAGUGUUCUGAUUACGCAUGCAUCAAUGACGGACAUGGCAAAUUACACAUGCGUUGCAGAAAACAUCGCCGGAAAGAGAUUAUCUGAUCCAGUUUCAUUAACCGUAUAUGUGAACGGCGGUUGGAGCUUAUGGAGCCAAUGGACAGAGUGUCGAUGCCCAGGCAGAUCGCCAAUUGGACAGAAACGCACACGUAGCUGCAAUAAUCCGAUGCCAUUGAAUGGCGGAGGCACAUGCAGUGGCCCGAAUGUGCAAAAAACCCCUGACUGUCUACCUUGUCCAGAGGAUAUCCAAAUUGUCAACCCGGAGAGUUUCGAUCUAUUGAUUGUUCAUAAUGCAACCAGUAAAAACCAACCGAAUUUCAUCUACGGAAAUACGCUUGCAGCCGGAUGUCGUGGUGGAAAUUGCAGCAUUGUGAAAGAAGGUUCAGAUUGGCCGUUAUACAUUGGAUUGGCGGUGGUGGGUGCAAUUUGUGUUGCAUUAGGCGCCGGUUUGGCACGUGGUGCACGGAAAGGAAGACGCUUGCCGCCAUACAGUAUCGCACGUACAGAAAUGCAACCCGAAUAUUUCCAUGAUCCUGAUAAAAAGGCAACGAUACAAUUUCAACCGGAUUUGACGCGAAAUAAUAUCACGGCUAAUUAUGAUUACCCACCAUUAAAUUCACAUCAUCAUGGACUUUUGCCAAGUUUAGCAAAUGGUGGCAGCAAUGCUGGCAGCGUCACCGGAACCAUUGUCCAAAGUAUACCGCUACAGAUACCCAGAUCGAUAUCCGAACAUCAUUAUGAUGUGCCGCAUCUAGCCAAUAACUAUGCAACGCCAAUGGAUAAAGUCAGCGGAAAUGAUUCAUACAGCUCGUCAAACUAUUCAAAACGGAUUCACAGCACCGACUCGCUCGCAACCACCACCAAUACUUCCGAUUCAACGUAUGAUGUUGCAACCGAACCGCCAACACUGCCAAUGUCUCAUAAAAAUUUCCCCAAAUCGAACACGGUGCGCCAAUUAGUGGCGUCAGCUGGUGCAUAUUUGAAAUUGAAUAGUGCGAAUGUGGCGUUAUCGAUUCCGGAGCUGGCUGUUGGAAAAAACCAAAAACACAGUAUCUUUUUAUCAGUAUUACAUGAGGACAGUAUUCGUGCAUGCAUACCCGAAGUGUGUUCGCAUAUCUCGCCAAUUGUGCACUGCGGCCCCAUGGACAUUAACAUAAAUAAGCCCGUUGUAUUGCGUGUACCACAUUGCGCGGAGAAUCUCGAUCAAUGGCGCAUAUCGUUGUACCAUUCAAAUGCUCACAUACAGGAAAUCGAACCAAAGUGGCGAAAAAUCGUUACACUGGGCGAAGAAACGAUUAAUACACCCGCCUAUGUACAAAUGGAUGAAAAGUAUGCGUACAUAAUGACGGAAUUUUUGGGACGAUUCGUUUUGGUGGGUGAAUCGUUGAUCAGUGGGAUGCGUGCGGUAAAACGGCUCAAACUGUUCCUAUUCGGGCCAUCGAUACAGCCAAAUAGUGAUUGCAACAUAAGGGUAUAUGUUAUCGAAGAUUUUCCAAGUUCAAAAGAUUAUUGUGCCAGCUUGGAGAAUCGUUUGGGCGGCACAUUCUUGGGUCAAAGUGCACCGCUUACGUUCCAAGACAAUGGCCAAGAUUUAAAUCUCAAUCUGAAAUGUAUCGGACGAUGGCGUGCAAAGGCCGGCACCGAGAGUCAGAAAAUACCAUUUUCCCAUGUAUGGAACAAUAGUUUUGCGUUACAUUGUGCGUUUGCAUUGCAACGAGUCGUUGACCAUGAUAAUAAUGCAACUAAUUCGACGGGCCUAAAAUUGGAGGUAAUUGCACGGCAGAGACAGGGUGGCGAAGUGAUUGCAACGCAUAUUGCACCGUUUUGCACAUUGCCAAUAGAUACGCUCAGCGUCAUCGAUGAAUACAGUGAUAAUUCAUUGCGUAGUGUUACCAUUUCGGAGAAAGGGGUCACCGCGUGCAUACAGGCCGGCGGUGAUAGUGAACAGACCGCAUUUAAACUGACGCGUCAAGCGAAACGUGAACUAUGUGCCUGUUUGGAUCCGCCAACGUCUCGAGGUAAUGACUGGCGUAUGCUAGCCCAACGCCUCAAAGUCGAUCGAUACAUUGCAUUUUUCGCAACAAAACCAUCGCCCACCGAACAAAUACUCGAUUUGUGGGAAUGUAAAUGCCGCGAUUCGAACGCGCUGGCCGAAUUGUCUGGCACAUUGCGCAGCAUGGGAAGAAACGAUGCGGUUGAUAUUCUCGAAAAAACACUAGGGCCAUUAUGGCUAUAAAUCCGUUUUUGUGUGCACCACCACCACCAGCAGCAGCAGUUUGGAGUGCAAAUUCCAUUGGGAUGCGAAACAUGCACCAAUAAAAAUGAAAUUCAUUGUAAAACCGUGUGAUUUAGUGGAGAGGAAGUUUGUGCAUUGCAAACGAACCAAACACAACAACAAUACUGACUACAAAAAAACGAAGAAGAAAGAUUUAGAACAAAAAUCGAAAUAAAAAAAAACACACAAAAACCAUAUUAACUGAAUACAAAAGAUGUAACGGAUGAAAUAACAGCACGUUUAUGUACUAAUCAAUGAUAUCGAUUUGUAAAUGUAAAAUGUAUAACAGUAGUUCGAUAAUAAUUGGAUAGUUAAGUGUAAAGAGAAAAAAAACUGGCGAGAAAAUGCCCAAUUUUUUUUAUUAAAGUAGAGUAGCAACUAUGUGUUUAUUUAUGUAGCGGUAAUAAAUAGACACCAAUUCAUCUGCAGAGGGUGAGCGGCCCACUUGAGUGGCGGCGCUGUUAUUCUCUGCUCUCGUAUUCAUUUUAUUUUUUUAAGAAAGGGAAAAAAAAACAAAAACAAACAACCAAAACAACAGCAACAACAAGAACGGAAUCAAAUUCUGUGCGAAGUUCGUUGACAAUUUUUUUCGAUACGCAUUGCACCCAUCCAAAUAGUCAAGUGCAUGUAUUACUGAUAGAUGGAAAAAAUUGCUUUAGUUGUUAUACAUACGGAAAAUGUUAUCGACAUUAUCAGCAAAGAAAAAAGAAACAAAAAUAAUUAAAGAAGACGCGCGCGUAAAGCGAGCGGAAGAAAAAAAUUUUAAGUGCAUUUAACCGUUUAACAUUUGUUUUCAUUGAAAGAGGAGAAUUUAUCUAAAUAUAUGAGAAAUUUUGUUUAACAAAAAAAAAUGAAGAGAAAAAAAGAGUAUCUUAAGCGAAGAAGUGAGCAGGGGAAUGAGUCAUUGCAAUUACAAUAACGCACUGAGUUUCGUAGUGUCGAUAACGGCAACGGCCAAAUGCAAAGACCGAAUCAAUACGAAUUGAUUUGAACAAAAGCAGACAAAAAAGUAAUGAAUGAUUCUUGUAGUCAAUUGUGAGCACACUACGAGACGGUCUGAUUCCAAUAAUAGCACACGCGAAAUAGAACCAAUAUUUAUUUAUCACUGAACAUGAAUGUAUACUCAACAAUUAGUCGUCGCUUUGGAUGAAAAUGAACGAAAAAAAAAGACAAAACACACAAAAUGAAGCGUGGCAUUUGAAAGUACACGGAACAGAUACGCGACUAUGAUUGACAUAGCAAAGAAAAAGCAAGCAAACACAUAGAGAAGAAGAGCCAACAACGAAAAUCAAUUAAAAGACGUUUUAAAAGCAACCAACUGCAAUGAGUGUGUCAGAGAAGCGAAUAUGAGUUCAUUAGAAUUCGAUAACAGCAGCAACGGAAAUGCAAACCAAUCACACACACACACACACACACACACACACAAAACCCCCUUUUUUUGAUAGUAAACAUUUAUCAGACGAUAAACAUUUAUUCUUUCAUAAUUUGUGUGUACGCGUUUUUUUUUAUUAUUAUUUUCUUGAUGAACGCAGUGAAUAGGAACCAGAUUAGGUUUAUCACCACUAGGUUUAUUUAUUAUACAUUUUCUUUAUCGCCGUUCAUAUGCAAGUGUAUCGAAAAAAUAACAUAAUCAAAAACGGAUUUUCAUUAAAUGCCGAAUCAUCGACACACCGCUUUAUUUAUUUUACUCUCUAUCGAUCGCCACGUGUGCACUGCUCAAAUCACACUGCGAUUUAAUAUAAAUUGACACUUUAUUAUUACAAUAGAUAUUACCACAUUAAAAGCCGAUUACAACUCAGUCUCACAAAAUGCAACCAAUCGAAUGGAUAGAGGAAAAGAGAGAAUAAUUUUGACUAUGCUUAUGUUCAAUCAAUUUUUCUCUUUUCAUUCUUUUUCUGUUCGACAAACGAAACGUCUUAUUGUGUAAUUUUAGUUUAUAACAUGAUUUUGUUCUACAUUUAGUGGAUGAUAAUAAUUUUCAUAGUGAUUUUAGAUCGAUAGCAACAAUUUUUAUACUUUAUUUUUUUCUUCGUUUUAAAUCGCAUUUUUCAACAAUACCAAUCGCGUUCGCGCUCACAUAAUAAUAUAUAUCGAAUUAGCUAGCUCAUUUUUUUUCCAUUCUCUAUCAUUGUUGUCAUACAAACGUAAUUUGAUUAUUUGCUGCACACAAUAGUUAGACGGGAUUUGUUACUCGGAUCUAUGUUGUGAAUUGCAAGUUGCAUGAUUUUCAACUACAAUUUCAUUAAAUCUGGCAAUUGAAAAUAUGCACGCGAUCGUCUUUUGAACAAACAAAAAAUUGACAAAUGUUUGACCCAAUUCUUUUGCGGUUUCACCGUUGUGAUUGCGCAUACCAAUGAUGGUGAUUUGAUUUGAUGUUUGUAUCACGAAAGUACCGACACAUGUUUUUUUUUCAUCAUUCAUUUUUCAUACACUCAAUUUAUUUUUUUUAUAUUUUGGAAUUGUUUUUUUGAUUAUUUUUUUUUUUAAUUUGGUUACUGGUUUCAGAAUUUUUUGUACAAUUUAAUGUUGAAAAAUUAAAAAAAAAAGAAAAUAUUUUGAGGAAAAGGGUUUAAAAAUUAUUUAAAUGUGCCAAAAAUGCCGUUUUUUCACCACCAUCAUCGUAUCGCCAAUCACAACGCAUCGAAUACUCAGAAACAACAUUUCAAGAUCAUUGCAUUUAUUUUUUUUUAAAUUUUUGAAUCAAUUUUGUCUGCCUGAGAGACUAAACGUGAAUUUAUAGAAUAGCAACUAUUCGUUUGUUUUCUUUUUUAAAACCAUAUAAACAUGACAACUGCUACGCAAAUACUAGCUAACCAAUUUAAUGUUCUUUAUUUUGCUUGAAUAAAGCCGUAUACACUUCGCAAUUACUGCCAUAAUUCGAUUUUCACAUACUGAAAUUAAGAAUGUUGUCAUCAGCGCUAAUCGUUCGUUUCUUUAUUGUUUCCAUCGUAAAUAUAGAUUCUGAAGACUUUUGCAAAAUAAGAAACAAACAAAAAUGCGAAUGAAACAUUCAAGAAAAUUUGCAAAUGAACUGUUGUCGCGUGAAAUACGACAAAACAAAAAUAUCAGUAGAAACACGUUUGAAACAGAGAGAAAUCGCAAACAAAAUGCAAGUUAGAAUCUAUAAUAUUCGUAGUUUUGAUACAAUGGGCUAUAGAAAUCGCAUUAAGUGUAAAUGUAAUUCAUUGAAGACAAAAAGAGAAGAAAAAACAAACAAACAAACAAACAUAAGUAAAAAAAUAAUUGUAAUAAAUUCUCUUGAAACAAUCAGUUUGCAUUUAAUUAAUUUAGUGUGGUUGCACUUCACGUGAAAAUCCUUGGUCGUUACUAUUAUUUUUCCCUUUAAUUUCAUCACAUAUUUUUGUAGCCACUUGAAGUGUUAACCCACUAGAAUAAUUUUUCAUAAUUUUUUAUUUUCGUUAUUACCGAAAUAUGCGUUCAAAUUCCGAAGAAAAAAAAUUUACAUUUUAAGACAAAACAAAAAUCAUCAUCUAUUUUUAUUGAGGGUAAUUCAAAAGAAAAAAAAUCUCAAAUAAUCGGACGCAUUUUAUUUGAUGAAGAAAUAAAAUUGAUUGGAUAAACAAACAAUUACCUAAUGAAAAAUUGUAAAUAGACGUUAGUUAAGAAUUAUAAGAGAAACAGAUAAAAAUUCAGAGUAACAUAAAUGAAAAUGAAGAGAAGAAGAAAAAAAAGCAAACAACACAACAAAUAGACAAAGUGGAAAUAUUAUCGUACCAGAUCCCUAAAUAUAUUAUAUGCGAAUCAUCGUAUUGAUUAGUAUUUUAGAAACCAGGAAACAACAAAAAAAAUGUUAAGGUAUUUAUGAUAUAUAUAGAUAUAUAUUACAAAAAUAAAGCAAACAAAACCGCUGCUACUUAAAAA